CUGUCCGGCUUAAAUAGUAGCGGGCGGAGCCGCCCUCCCUCCCUCCAUCAGCAGCGGCUCCACCGCAUCAGCGGCUCCAGGAAACACGCGGCUGUCAGCGAGGCGGGCGCACGCAUCUCCCCGCUGCAAGGUCACCCACAUCUCCAUCCACCGGGAAGUCAGCUUUGAGGCGGGCCAGCGAUGCCUCCCCCGGCCCCAGGUCCGUCCGCCGUGCCCCCACCUGACGGCGGGUGGGGGUGGGCUGUGGUUCUGGCGUCCUUCAUCUCCAUCGGGUUCUCCUACGCGUUCCCCAAAGCCAUCACCGUCUUCUUCAAAGACAUCCAGAUCAUCUUUGAUGCCUCCUACAGUCAGAUCGCGUGGAUCUCCUCCAUCAUGCUCGCGGUCAUGUACGCUGCAGGUCCCAUCAGCAGCAUACUGGUCAACACGUACGGCUGCAGGCCCAUCGUCAUGAUGGGCGGCUGCCUCUGUGCCACCGGCAUGAUCUUAGCUUCCUUCUGCAACAACGUGAUGCAGCUUUACAUCUGCAUCGGCGUGAUCGGCGGACUGGGCCUGGCCUUCAACCUGCAGCCCGCUCUGACCAUGAUCGGCAGAUAUUUCUACAAGAAGCGUCCCAUCGCCAACGGGCUGGCCAUGGCCGGCAGCCCGGUGUUCCUCAGCACCCUGGCUCCGCUCAACCAGUACCUCUUCAACCAGUUUGGCUGGAGAGGCAGCUUCCUCACUGGCGGCCUGCUCCUGAACUGCUGCGUGGCUGGCUCCCUCAUGAGGCCUCUGGGACCACCGCCCGCCAAGGUGGAGAAGGAACAGAAGAAACUGGCGGCCGUCACCGCCACCACCAAGGAAAAGCUCACCGUCUGGCAAAUAGUCAACAAAUAUCUGGAUUUGUCACUCUUCAAGCAUCGCGGCUUCCUCAUUUACCUCUCCGGCAACGUGAUCAUGUUUCUGGGCUUCUUCUCGCCCAUCGUCUUCCUCGCCGCCUACGCCAAGGACAUGGGCGUGGACGAGUACUCCGCCGCGUUCCUGCUCUCCAUCCUCGCGUUCGUCGACAUGUUCGCCCGGCCGUCCAUGGGGCUGCUGGCCAACUCCCAAUGGGUCCGGCCCAAGAUCCAGUACUUUUUCAGCUUCGCUGUCCUGUACAACGGGGUGUGCCAUAUCCUCUGUCCGCUGGUGGAAAGCUAUACGGGCUUGGUGGUGUACGCCAUCUUCUUCGGCUUUGCCUUCGGCAUGGUCAGCUCGGUGUUGUUCGAGACGCUGAUGGACCUGGUUGGACCUCAGAGGUUCUCCAGCGCCGUGGGACUCACGACCAUAGUGGAGUGCUGCCCAGUCCUCCUUGGGCCACCGUUAGCAGGAAAACUGGUUGAUGUAACAAAAAAUUACAAGUACAUGUAUUUCUGCUGCGGAGCUAUAGUGAUUGUGGCCAGUAUUUGGCUCUUCAUCGGGAACUUCAUCAACUAUAGACUGCUGGACCGUGAGCGCAAGCAGGCCGAGAUGUACAAACGGACUGAGACAGAAGACCCGGACAGGGUUCGGGACGAGAAGGAGGAGGAGUUGGUGGACAAGAAAAAUGAAGAACCUAUGCAACGGGAGACAAACAUCUAACACGUUCUACUCUGCCAACGGUUUCACCUCCAACGCAACCUUGCAACACCCUACACCACGACCUAGCUGAGCUCCGAGCAGAGAGGUGUCUCCCAACGUCCAACCACAGUGUAUCUGGGCUCCUCUGUACUUGCUAUGAAACAACUGCCAAAGUAACAACCAUUAAGUACAAAGCUGUGAGGCAAAGUAUCGGUGGGAGAGCGUAAGCUGUGACCACAACUGAAACCUAACCAGUUACAGUGUGUUAGAUAAGUAAAGAUGUACCAUAGAAAGUGGUUAUAUUAUAAAAGAGUUUCUCAGUAUCCAGUCACACUGCUAAAUUAGCUGUUUCCAGGUCCAGAGGUAUUUUGGACAAUGACGGGACUCUUAUGAUUUCGCAACCCUGAACCAGUUUGGACGAGAGGUUUGUUGGUGGCGGGGUGUGGUUUCAGCUGGCUCCGUUCCCUGGAUCACUGCUCCACACCUCGGCCCAAACCACGCCCCCCCCACCGCAACGGCACUUUCCAUCUAGAUUGUAUUCACAGUACCUCGUUGUCCUUUUUUCCUUUUUCACUUUCAAUUUAAAGUCAAAGAGUCUAGUUUCCUCCCUGCAGACACUUCGCCCGGUCUCCCCUGCAGCCACCUUCAGUUUCGGCUUGUUCCUGCCUUCAGUUUGUGUUCAGUAACUGGAAUUCCGGCUCAGUUGGAUCGAGAUCAGGCCAUAAACUUAGCUAUUUAGGAAUAUCCCUUUUCUUUACUGUUCAUGAGUUGCUCUCGCAGCGUGUUUACGGUCAUUAAUUGCACCGUGAAAACAGCUGUGAAGCAACGUUCCUGUGAGUUUCGCGGCAUCUGGCUGAAUGUGAACAGAUGCUUUAGGCUCCCGAUACCCACCAGAGUUCAUCUGGCUCCUCCUGUCAGCAGCCGCAUCAUCAUCAUCAGUAAACACCAGCGGGCUACUCCAUUAGCAGCCGUAGACGCCCAUAUCAUAACACUUCCUCCACCGUGCUUGACACAAGUCUAGUUAAUCUGAUUCCAGAUCGGGGAGGGUUUAAUCUAGUUUCCCUGUUAUGGGCAUCCAAUAAAAAACUAGUUGGGUCACUUGAAUGUAGAUAAGAGAUAAACCUACCUUCUCCACAGUGUUUUUCACUUCUGUUGAUGUUGUGAAGGAGUUAUUCUUCACCAGGGAAAUAAUCUAUACUGAGUGUCUUCUGUUAUCUUCCGGACCUUUUGAUGUCAUUGAGCUCACCAGUGUUUGUAGAUUUGGCCACAGCCCUGUGUUUUUUGCUGUUUUGGCUGUUUUAUUUACCAUCAGUUGUGAUGGUGUAUUAAAGGUAGAGUCCUAAAAACUCUGUCAUCGUCCAAAUGCUUCUGGACCCGGCUGCAUUUGCUCAGCGGGUCUUUCUUCAUGGGAGAACAGCCAUAGAAGAAAAACAGUCAAAUGAAGGAAAAUUGCUUCUGAAAUAGUGGCAGUGUUGUUCCGUCUGCUCUUUAUGAGCGACUUUAAAGCCAUUUUUUGUCCCUUUUCCAGAAAUUUGCAGUUGUAUUUGCAGUUGUAUUUGCAGUUGCAGGUGGGUUUUUUUUUUUGGGAGGCGGGGGGGGAUUGUUGCUGAAUGUUGUAUUGCCUCUUUGGGCUGGCUCCAAAUGAGCAUUUUGCCCAUCUAAACAAGCAUAUUUUCACAGUUUAUCUCUUUGGAGCAGGGUCUAAUUCCUUUCUGUUUCCCAUCAACACAUAUCAGUAAGUCAGUGUUUGACAAAUUGUGAUUUACGGGAUGAAAAUGAGAAUCAAAUGAGCAAAGUCUAGAUGAAAAGAUUGGGUUUGAUCACAAGUGCAUGGAUUUUAAAAGCUGCAUGUCACAUGCAAAUAUGGGUUACACGUAGCAAUGAAUUGGUAGCUUUGGGUGUUUUUUUAAAAGUUUUUUUAGAGCACUAGAUCCGGUUGUUAUCUGGCACCACUGGAUUGUGGGUUGAUGUUUGAGAUGGUUGACAUCCUCAAUUUGACCACUAGAUGUCAAUAAUAUCUACACAAGGUUCCCUUGAGGUUAAGAUUUGGGGCAGACAGAAAAUGUUUGUGGUAGUAUUAUAUCAAAACUGCAUACUAUGCACUGUAUUUAUAAUGAAGUAUAUGUGCAGUAUGUACUGGUACUGGUUUGGCAGUUGUAUCCAGUAUUCCAAAGCUGUGGCAUAGUUGACCACUUAGGUUCUGCAGUAGUGAUGCAUUGCAUUUGGAUAUAUAUACUACAUUUUGGCAGAAUGAGUAUGCAGUAUUAAUAUAGUACUAUAGUAAUAUAGUACUAUAGUAAUAUAGUAAGGUGGGUCAGUUGCAGACUGGAAAAUUCCCUAGAAGUGGCAAUCCAUCCAUGUACUUUUCACAUACUGCAGAUUGUGCAAUUGAUCUCAUACUGCAUACUGUGUACUGUAUACUGUAU